AUGAGAGUGGCCCUCCUGGCCUUAAGACUGAUGUGCUUGGCCUGGCUGUGGCCUGUCACCCAGCUCAACAGCAGCAGCUUCCCAAAUAAGAGGAGACACAAGGAGCUGUACCUUGGAGAGAACACCAAGCAAAAGCAUGCAGGACGAGUGGAUCUUAAGUUGAAAAAGCUGGACAGCACCAAGUCCCUGCUAAUCAAAUCGGAGCAGCUGCUUCGGAUUGAGGACCAUGACUUUGCAAUGCGACCAGGCUUCGGAGGUGCAGCUCUUCCUGUCGGCAUUGAUGUCCAGGUAGAGAGCAUUGACAGCAUAAGUGAAGUAAACAUGGACUUCACCAUGACUUUGUACUUGAGGCAUUACUGGCAGGAUGAUCGCCUGGCCUUCCCGUCAAGCAGUAACAAGAGUCGCACCUUCGAUGCACGUCUAGUGAAGAAAAUUUGGGUCCCUGACGUGUUCUUCGUCCACUCUAAGCGCUCCUUUAUCCAUGACACAACCAUGGAAAACAUUAUGCUAAGGGUUUAUCCUGACGGCAAUAUCCUCUACAGUGUGAGGAUCACUGUGACAGCACUUUGCUCGAUGGACUUCAGUAGUUUCCCUCUGGACACACAGAAUUGCUCUCUGGAACUGGAGAGCUAUGCUUACAAUGAGAAUGACCUCAUGCUCUACUGGAAGAACGGGAACGAUUCAUUAAGGACUGAUGAGAUUGUGCUCUCUCAGUUUUUUAUUGAAGACUUUCAGCCUUCCUUUGGGCUCGCCUUCUACAGCAGUACUGGUUGGUACAAUCGACUCUACAUAAAUUUCAUUCUCAGGAGGCAUAUCUUCUUCUUCAUGCUUCAGACGUACUUUCCUACAAUGCUGAUGGUGAUGCUGUCCUGGGUGUCCUUUUGGAUAGACAGGAGGGCCGUACCUGCACGUGUCUCUCUGGGCAUCACCACUGUCCUGACAAUGUCCACCAUUAUCACUGGUGUCUCAGCCUCUAUGCCUCAGGUGUCAUACGUCAAAGCUGUAGAUAUCUACUUGUGGGCAAGCUUCCUGUUUGUCUUCCUGUCUGUCAUUGAGUACGCUGCAGUUAACUAUUUCACCACAGUGGAGGAAAUGAAGAGGCUCAAGAAUGCAAAGAUCCCCACCUUCAAUGCCACCCAGGCUAUGGCGUUUGAUGGCUGUUUCCAUGACAAUGACAUUGACCUGACUUCUUUUCCAGAGGAUCCUAGUACACCAAAUACAGAGAGGAACACCCAGUCACGAAAUUCUACUAACUCUGCACCCACAGAGGGCACCAGGCUACGCCGCAAGCACCCUUUAAAAGAAAACCUUAGCUUCAUAAUGAGCAACAGUUAUAUGAUCGACUCCUACUCCAGAGUCAUAUUUCCCCUGGCUUACCUGCUCUUUAACAUCAUUUACUGGAGUAUGUAUGCAUAGUAAACUCACUAUGCAGCAAAUGAACACUAUCUUUUUGACUAUUUUCA